AUGUGCACCGUAAGUUACGUCAAACUUACCGACAGUGUAGGUGGUGGCACCAGUUUCGAGACUCACUGUAGCGCAGAUCGAGCGCAGAUGGUCGCUCAGACCCGAAAGCUCUCUUUAGAGAAAAAGAAAGCGUUUAUUGAAGCCUCGAUUGAAGCCUCGGGAUUGGCAAGGGAGGCUUCGCAGCUACAAGAAGACUUUGGCUAG